GGAUCGGAUCCUGCAUUCAUUCUUCAACACUUAAAUAAAUAACACCUGGAAAAUAUAUAAAGAAUAAGUAUUCAAAAAUGUUUCAGAUAAAGCAAUGUCUUACUACUUUUAUUUUGAUCAUUUCUGUUGUCCAGUGGAUCAAAGCUGAAAAAUCAUGCAACAAAGGAAAUUUGGAAGAAUGCCUUGCAAAGAUUCAAGACUAUUUUGAAGAUGAUUAUCAUUUUGCUAAGAAGACGGAAUCCGAAAUCGAUGAAUUUUGCCAGAAACUCCAGGAAGAUAGCGAAUGCCUGAAUAUUGCAACCGAAGUUUGUAAGAAGACUUAUCCGUUGAUUUCAGCUCUCACCGUCACUCUUUACAAUCAAGUGAACCAACUGUGCAGUCCGGGCACGCAUCACAAAGAAACUUACAUGAAGAUGCUUCCCUGCAUCGACAAGCAUUCCGAAGACUUUAAAGAGUGCUCUGGAAAGCAUCUUGAGAAAAAAUUCGACGAUGAGAAGUUGCAAUCUGUUUGCAUGGACAUGCAUUCAAUGAUUUGUGUUGCUGACAAGAGCCGAAAGUACUGCGACGAAGUGGGAAACACCUUGGCGAAGCGUCUCGAAUUUGGCGUCAAAGACCAAUAUGAGGAGGUGUGCAGUGGAAGUACGCGCCUCUUCGACCACUUCUGGGUUCUCACACCUGCGGUUCUUGUGGCACUUUUGCUACGAAACAAGAUGAAGCUCUAAUCGCACAGAUCACAUCUAUCAUGGACAUAACCUUGGAAAUGUGAUUUCCGCCACUUUACUCCUCAACCUUGUUACCCAAUAUUAUAAAAUCAGUACAAAAAUACAGCUCUAAUUAAGAAUAACUAAAAGGAAAUGGCAUAAUAAUUGCUCCAAAUGUUCGAUAAUAUGGUAUAAAUUUCGAAAUGGUUUUCAUUCAAAUUUAUAAUAUACAUUUAUAAGUAAAUGCAAUUUCAUUCAAAUACAGUAAAUUUACUAAAGACACACAUCAACAUAAUCAAAAAUAUAAAUUAAUUUUAUUUGCACCUUUUCUACCACUUUUUGAGAAAACAUUUAAAUUCCUUCGCUUUUGUCUAAUUGAUUGGCAUCCAUCCUAUUCAUCUUACAACAAUUUCAGUUAAUUUCUAAGAUUCAAAUUCUCUCUUUGCAUUGCCACUCAUCUUUACAUCCAUUGAGUUCAUUUCACGAAUACUGUAUGUGUUAUUUUAUUUUAUACAAAAAAAAAAAAUGUCUUUAAAAUUGGAAACUUUAUCGGACGCAAAUGUUUGCUUACUAUAGCAUGUUACUGACGCAUCUAAACAAAGUUACUCGAUUAUCAAAUUAAUUAUUUCAUCCAUAUAUCUGUAAUGCAUUUUUAAAAUUCAUACCAUCUUUUCAAAGAGUGCUAGUGAAUUUAUGUCGGAUCUCUUUCCUCCGCAGAAGUUAAAGAGCCCGCGAGAAGUCUCUGUAAUUUAUUUAGAAUAAAGAGACCCCCAAAACAUCAUUCCCAGGAAAAAUGUACUAACACGAUUAAAGGUAACAAUAGAUAAACAUUCUAAAAAUUUUACUUUUUUCAUUGUAUUGAAAAACAAGCUUUCAUUUUUCUUUUUCAAGUGUUGUUUCAUCAUUCAAACAAGCAUAAGUUAUCUUUAAUAGAUAUGUUAUCCCCCCCCUUUCUUGACCUGAAAACUAUGUACCCUGGCCAAGACCCCCCAAAAAUCAAAUUUUUACUUUCAGCAUUACUUUCACAAGAGCGUUUUAUGUUUCAGUACCAUAGCGACCGAAACUAAGAUUCGUUCAUUCUUUUACUAUCUCGUACAAGAAGGAAAAGUUAAAAUUUUCAGUUCUGAGAUUUUUAAGUCAAACUCUUGAGUCCCCACUUCAAGAGUUUGAUAAAAACAACUUUUGAACUAAACGCUGUUAUUUAUCUGGACUUGCUUCAUGUUCGUACAGAUGAAAUUUUAGAAACAUUUUAAUGUGCUUGAGUUUUGAAAUUUUGUAUACCUGCUUGUGCACACUAAAUAUUAAUAUAAUGUUUUAAUAUUCUCAGAAGUUCAUUAUUAAUUAAUCAUUAAUUAAAUUAAAUCUCGCUUUCUCACCACUGAUGCCACAAUGUUGUGCGUUUAGAAAAAUGUAUUAUUUAAAAGAGGACUUAAACAAUUUAAAAAACAAAUUUCUGCGAUGUAAUGCAUUAUUGAAAAAAUAUUUUAAAAAUUACUUUUAAAUUUAUUGAAAUUACGUCUAACGAUCUGAGAACACAAUAAAUCAGGAAGGUAUAAGGCAAAGAUAGUCUUUUGAAAUUUGUUAUGUGAAUUUUUCACCAAAAUUAUAGAUCUUUAUUACAUAUUUAGGGUAUUUAUCUUUUAGAGGUUUAUUCUUUCGUUUGAAUACCCUCAUUCAAUUACCAAAAUGAAAUUUGAUGCAUGACUUCAUUACUAGAAAUGCGAAUCUAUAUAAAAUGUAAACGAUAUAAGAAAUCCAUCAAAAGGUUGUCUGUCUGUUUAGAGUAUUGUUAUGGAAAUCCAUCGGUGGGUGUAUACCGUUAAAGAAGUCCAAAAUGCUGGUUAAUGGGAAAUGAUGCUUUAUUCCAAAGAAUUCUAGGAACUAGGAGUAACCUAGUAACAGAAACACAGCUAAGAUUUAUAGAAAGAACAACAAAGACAGUAAAUAGAAGAUGAACCCCUAAAUAGAAAACGAUAUCAAGCAGUUAAAAACGUCACUCUGCGAAGGCUUUAUAGGAUUUCUCGUGUGAUCUCAUCUUUUUACAUAAUCUCCCAAGAAGGCGCGACAUUAUAUUAAAUUUUCCAAAAGGAUUUCCAGUUGUCGGUUUCUAAUAGACAUAGAGCCGUAAUUCUUGUAUUUUCCAAAACCACUCUGUUGACAUAAUCGCCAAGGUUGCGAAGACCGAAGAUGAUUCAUCUGACAUCCAUUCGGCAUGGAUUAAGAAUGCCUGUGAAUCUCUCUUUCCAGCGAUUAUUCAGGGAAACUGUAUUGCAGAUUCUAACAAUAUAUAUGAACGUGAUAACUCAACAAACUAGAUGGGUGAAGUUUAUAUCUGUAUUUAUAGGUCAUGAGUUUUACGACCAUCUCUUAUAUAUAUGUUUUGUCUUUUGACUAAAUCCAUUAAAAGAAAAAUUGUACACUUACUUGUCUUUUAGUCGGUAUUUGAAUCAAAAACUCAAAACACAACGGGUUAAUUUAAUAAAAUGUAAAGUUUUUUCAGUAAAAUGCAUAUCCUUAUUAAAUAUUUUAUCCAUUUGGUCAAUGGCAAGAAUUAUUAUAAGAUAAAAUGUUAGAUUAAUAUUACUGGGUUAAACAUCAAACUCGUUCUAUUGCGCCAUGAAGAGCACAAAAAAAAAGCCACAUUGCAAAUGUUCAAUUCAAAGAAAUUAUGCAAUUAUUUUGAUUUUUGAGUUUAGAUACUUGGCCUCCUUAGCUAUACAUAAAGUAGAUUUCAGCCAAAAAAAAAAAAAAAAAAAAAAAAAAAAAAAAAAAAUCCUAAUUCACAUUAAUUAUGCAAUCACACUGAAAUUAACAAUUUAUAAUCAGAAAAUAAAGCAAAAAGAAAAUGUCCAUUUUCACAUUAUGAAAAGUUUUAAGUGAUUUUAAAUGUGAGAAAAUAUUUUUCAAAACAAAAUGUAUCAAAUGAAAUAAAAACCGCUAUUGAGGUUUUGUUGGAGAUCAAUUUAAAAAAGUAUAUAAUAUCAAAUUACGGGUAAUUGAAGAAUCUAAUUUAGAUGUAACUAGCAGUACCCGCACAGCGUUGCCCGUGGCAUAACAUCUAAGAGGAAAAAUUAGCUUUAGACUUAAGUCUAGCCUCCACACGAUAUCACAGGGGAAUGUCAUGCGGGAUCAAAAAGAUAUUUAGAAAUCCUCAAAAAUAACUACAAAACAAUUUUUUAUAGCACAUAUUCAGAAAUAUUUAGGGCUAAGCUUUGAUAUAUAGUCAUUUGGCGCCUUGCGAGAUAGGCAAUUUUUCGGUGGUACUUUGUUUGGGGUUACAUGACCGCCAUUUUUAUAUGCUACUGUAUUUCGAUCUUUCCUGUUCAUUUCCCUUGAUUUUUUCCUGCCGCACAUACUUCUACUUAUUUUCCUUAUUUUCGAUGAAAUUUUUUUUGCAUGCAUUUCAUUUUACUGCAUUUAUUGACUUUUUUUUCUAUACUUCUGUUAAUUUGUUGCAGCAUUCCUUCGAACCUUUAGAUUGGAAACGCUAUUGCUGCCGUUCGCGCCACAUUCAACCAUUUCGCUAAAAUUUGACGAGAAACUUUUUGGGUGAAAAUGAUUGCAUAUAAUGCUGUUCCAUAUUUAGACUGUUAAAAUGAUUUCAAUUUUCCCUUGUAAACAACACAUGCUUUUUGAUUCAUCUUUCCAUUUUAAAGCUGGACUAAGCUUUAAUACACAAUCAUUUUACACCUUGCGAAGUUGGCAAUUUUUUGGUGUCACUUUUGCUACCGUUACCGUAUUGCUGCCGUUUCGCCGCAUCCGGCCAUUUCGCUAAAAUUUGGCUAUGAAUUAUUUUUUGGCGAAAAUGACUGUAUAUCAAAGCUGUUCUUAAAGCUGAACAAUAUGAACACUGUUCCUAUUGAAACCGAGGCAUCAUUUCUGUAAUCCAUACAUGUAUUGAAAUUCAGAGCGGUGCACUCCUUUUUGAACCAAAUAUCAGGAACGUUUGUUCUUUCACUUCUCCUGUGUUUCAAAUUUAAAUGUCUUUCUCUGUCAGCAGACAGGCGAGAUUCAUUCUGUCGCUGAAAUUCAAUUACAGCGCGAUUUAAAGAGAGACGGUUACUUCGCUCAGCAGAAGAACUCUCCUUUGAAGAAAGUGUGGGGUAAAAGUGAAUUAUAGUGUGCCCCCUGCUGCGCCAACAAUGCCAAGUCGCCAAUAAAGAUGGAGGAAAAAAUAAACAAGUAUUUCCGCGGAACAGUUAUGGUUACCAUUUCCCGCCAUAUAAUUAGGACUUUUAACUGAUAAGUAUAUAUUUUUUUUCCAUACUGCCCGGUGCCUUCUACAGAUGCCGAAGGCAUCGGGCAGAAUUUUUUAACUUAAAAAAACAUCCUACGGCUUCGCUAGCAGCGGGAGUGGGAACCUAGUAACUUCGCUAGCACAUUGAACAUAAGGACUGUGUUUAUAACAGAAACAGUACAUGACCAAAACUAAAGAAGAAAGGAGAAAGAAGCAAUCGGAACAAUACAAAAAAGCAAUACAAACAAAACAGCAUUAUUAUAUAUAUAUAUAUAUAUAUAUAUAUAUAUAUAUAUUUAACUCCUCCCCCUUCGAAAUACUCCCGACAUAAUAAAUUAUGAAGGAACCAACAGUUAGAACACCAAAAGAAUUACCAGAACUGCGAAGAAUUCCAUUGCAGCUGUCUUUUAAAGUGAGAAUUCAGACAAUUUAAGCACAUACUGACGAUUAAAAAUUGCAUAAGAAUAAAUAUUUUCUGUUCGUAUUCACAUUAAAAAAAAGAAAGAAGAAAAUAACUUUUAAUUAUGAGCUUAACUUUUUUUAUUUAAUAAACUUUUAAUUAUAAUAAAGAACAAAAUUAAAAUUUUUAAUCUAUAUUUUUUAAUAUUUUUAAUUUAACAUUUUUCAUAAUAUAGUUAUAGUUUAUGUACAACUUAACCAUUGCAAAAAGUAGUAAACAAAACAGCACUAGGGUUGCGAGAAGAGCGUUCCGAUGGCUUGCAAUAUUGGCGACAAAUUCGGGGGCACACUAUUCUUCAUUUUAUCCAAGUGUGGAUAUUCUUUCUCUGAUAUUCGCUAACCUAACGUUUCUUUCCUCUACAUUUUCAUUAUCACGCAACAAACGAAGCGUUUGGGCAUUUAAUGUGCUCCGGCCAAAGUUGAAUUUCCUUCUUUUGGGGAUAAUGAGAUUUGAUUCGCUGUUCAAAAUCAGACGUAAAUAAAGAAAUGUAUCGCAUAUGAAUACCACAGCUCUUGCUAUUUGCACAUGCGAAGUUUGAGAUUUCCGCUCACACGCGAAUUAGUGCAAAGCACAGAUACUACUGCUUUACGCAUGCGCGAAUCGUAGUAGGAAAAUAAUUAAAAUCGCAAUUAUAAAACUCCUUUUUUAUUUUGAUAUAACUUCAAUCUUCUAAAACCUUUCCUAAUAAAUGCCCUACAAAAUGGUACAAAUAUCUCCAAAAUUAGUUAAGUAUUUCUCGAGGUUUUAGAGUUUCCACAUACAGACGCUUUCAGAAGACUUCAUUUUAUACUAUGUAUAGAUGUAAUCGAUGUAUUGAGAAAUUAAAUUUUGCUAUCCUUCUUUAAAAAUUUUUGUUGUCCUUUUUGGCACUUUGAUUAGCUUGAGAAAGAUAGAUAUUUAAAUUCACCCUCCCCCUUCCAAGUAAAAAUUAAAAGAGAAUUGAGCUAUUUUAUAUCACAGUGAAUCUUCUAUAGACAAAUUUAGAAGUAUUGAAUUCUAUGUAACUCUUCUUUAUCUAGACUUUCUUCUCCAAAAGUUAUUUUGGAAAUGAAAUCUGCAUUUAAAGAUUUUUUUAAUGUAUGAGACCUGAGAAUUUUUCAAUUAAUGGGCAUAGUACGUUAAUGAAUCCAAAUAGAACCUUGCACCCAAAGAAUGUCGCAUGUUCCUAGGAAUUUGCCGUAUCAUAUCUUGCGAUAUCAUGCUUGCUUCGUAUGUACACUAACUUAUUAAAAUGGAAUUUUCGGAGUGA